GAAGCUAGCCGGCUAACUACUAGCUCAAAGAGACGCCAUUAGUUGGGUGAAAACCAGGCUUUCGUAUUACGUUGAAAGGAGAAUUAGCCCCCUGUCCAGACCCUUUUACGCCACACCUGCUGGAAGAUAUCGAUGAAAGCCGGAUUCGCUUAUGCUGUCGAGGUGUUUUCCUCUUAAUUUUAGCUGUUUUUCUAAAGUCGGAAGCUGAUGUGAGCUGCGCAGGACUUCAGUUCUUUCGGGGUUAGCAUUAGCAGGGUUAGCUUGAGAGCGCUUGUUUUGAUAAAAAUCAGAGGUUUUCUUUAUUCAACUGCCCGCUAUGGCUGCCGGGGGGACGGGCGGCAAAACCUACUCGUUCAAGGUGGUGCUGUUGGGAGAAGGCUGUGUGGGGAAGACCUCUCUGGUGCUACGAUACUGCGAGAACAAAUUCAACGACAAACACAUCACAACUCUACAGGCGUCCUUCCUCACAAAGAAGCUCAACAUCACAGGAAAGAGAGUUAACCUGGCCAUAUGGGACACGGCAGGUCAGGAGCGUUUUCAUGCGUUAGGUCCAAUCUACUACAGAGACUCCAACGGAGCCAUCCUAGUGUACGACAUCACAGAUGAAGACUCCUUUCAGAAGGUGAAGAACUGGGUGAAAGAGUUGAGGAAAAUGUUGGGGAACGAGAUUUGUUUAUGUAUAGUAGGUAAUAAAAUCGAUUUGGACAAAGACAGACACGUUUCAGUGGAGGAGGCCGAGAGUUAUGCAGAGUCGGUGGGAGCCAAACACUACCACACUUCAGCCAAGUUAAAUAAAGGCAUCGAGGAGCUCUUCCUGGAUCUCUGUAAAAGGAUGAUGGAAACGGCUCAAGCUGACGAGAGGUUGAAGGGCAACGGAGCCAGCCAAUCAGCAUCGAGUAGGAGGGGCGUACAGAUCGUCGACGACGAACCACAAGCCACGCCGGCGGGAGGAUGCUGCUCCUCUGGCUAACACACACACAGUUAUACACACUCUCUUUCUGUCAUUCAUGCUUGCAGACAUAUUCACAUGGUGUCGGCUCUAAAAUCUUUAAAUUAAUCCUGGACAAAAAAAAAACAAAACAAAACGUUUCUGUUCAUUCAGUACCGCCUCUGCUGCUAAGGAGCAUGGGAAAUAUAUUUAAAAUGGUUUUAUCAUUGUUCCCUUCAAAAUAAAAGUAACUUAUGAUUGAAAA